CCAUGUCAGACAUGGACAUUAGCACUGCAGCAAACUAAGAGGAACUUUAUUUUUAAAAAAGCUGACUAAGAAGAAGACAUCCAGCAUGCAAUUUCUGUCUCAACGUAGCCCAGCAGCUCAGCCGAGCACACAUUUCUUCCUGGCAUGUGUAGUCAUCAUGAUCGCAUGCUCUGGACCAGUUUCCCCCAUUCAUGCUCCUCCAGUGAUGACGGGUCUCCGCUCUGCUUUCUCUGCCACCCGAACCAACAAUGUAGUGGGAGGCAAUCAGAAAGCAGUGACCUUCAACCGGCUCAUGGUCAACAUUGGAGGGGACUUUAAUCUAGACAGUGGUCACUUCCGCUGCCGCAUCCCCGGGGCUUACUAUUUCUCCUUCUCCGUGGGGAAAUUUCCAAAGAAAAUGCUUUCUGUGAUACUGGUGAAGAAUGGAGAGGAGGUGCAGGCGAUAGCGUAUGAUGACUACCGCAAGAAAGGGAGGAAAGUUCAAAGCCAAAGCAUAAUGAUCAGUUUGAAGGAGAUGGACACAGUGUGGUUGCUUUUACAACAGAGUCCUCAGUAUGCUUUGUACAGCAAUGCUGGCCCUUACAUCACCUUCUCCGGUUACCUUGUCUAUCCUGACAUCUCCCCAACCAGCUACAUCACCAACCACCUGUCCCCAUCAGGCCUAUCCUACCCAAACUGCCCCCCCCAGGCUGACUCCUGGGCCAGAGAUCAGACAUCAGAGCCACCACAGUCUGCCUUCUCUGUGGCACGGACAUCCACACUCAUGGGUCAGAGUAGCAGGCAGCAGGACAAGCCACCUCUGACCUUUGAUGUGGAAUAUGUCAACAUCGGAGGGCAUUUCAACAAAACCUCAGGCUUGUUCACGUGCCACUUCCCGGGUGCGUACUUCUUCGCCUUCACUGUGGGGAAACACCCCCGCAAGGCUGUGUCUGUGAAGCUGAUGACCGGGAAGGGUGAGGUGCAGGCGAUGGUGUUUGAUGAGGACACGUCGAAGAGACGGGAGAUGCAGAGUCAGAGCUUGCUGCUGUCUCUCCGCCGGGGCGACAGUGUGUGGCUGUACAGUCAGCAGGAUGAGCGUUAUGCUGUCUACAGCAACCAGGGGAGGUACACCACGUUUUCUGGCUUCCUGGUUUAUCCUGAUGCAGAAAAACUCCCACCUCCCACCACACAGGACAGAACUCAUAUCUAAAUAUCUUAAUGGUGUCCUUUAAAACAAAAAAAGUUAACAAAAAAUCUGUGGUCAGUAUAGUGUACGUACAUGUACUUUGCUUUGUUUGUUUUCUUUUUGUUUAUUUUUUUACAGUAAAUAAUAAUAGGGAUAACGUUUCUUGCCAAAUUACUCCACAAGAUGGUGCUGUGAUACAAUUAUGGACACCAACCUGCAUGCAACAUUGUUAUUUUUGUCCUUAAAGUGUAAUUAGCUAUAAGGUAUCACAAACUUCUUGAUUAAGUAAUAGAAUUGGGUUUUUGUUCACAGAUUACUUUAAAAUUGUUUGUGUUUAGAAGUUUUAAAAAGCAUUUUUUACAUGUAAAAAUGAUUAUUGCAUGGCAAGGAUGAUUAUGUAAAUGAUGUAUAGUUUAUUAACAUUUACUUACUGUAAAAAUUUGAUUUAGAGAUACAUCAUGGUCAUGUUAUGGAACUUUUAUAUUGUGGAUAUAUAUCUGUAUCUGUUUUUAUGUUUCAUGUGCAUUUAAUGAAAAUAAAUUCAUACACUUGAAUGAA